AACGAUAGUUUGCCCAGCUGUUCCGGCAACAAAAGCGAAAACGUUUGAACCCUUUUUUAGUCAGAAGCAAUGGUAAAUGAUAAAAAACGACGCUCUCGUUCGCGAGAACGUUAUAGAGACGAACGUCCGAGCGGUAAUGAACGUGACCGCGAACGCCAAAGGGAGCGGGAAAGGUACCGUGGCAAGGAGCAACGUGAUCAACAACAGCGGGAUCGAGACCGCCGUCAACGGCGUCCUCGUUCCAGAGAGGAUCGAAACCGUCGACGGUCUCCAGAUCGCAGCGAAAAGAAACUGAAACUAGAUGCUCCGCUUAAGCCAGAUGCUGGUACUAGCAAGGCUGACGAAGAAGUGCUCGAUGAAAAGCAAGAGUUGAAACUAAAAAAGGAGCCACUUUCUUUGGAGGAAUUGCUAGACAAGAAAAAGCGCGAGGAGAUAGCACGUAGCAAGCCCGUUUUUCUAACCAAAGAGCAGCGAGCCGCCGAAGCCAUUAAACGCCGACAGGAAGAAGUGGAGCACAUGCGUGCCGUUCAAGAUGCGGUCAGGGAGCAAAUGUCAAUGUCAACAAAAGGUGGAAUUAGUUCAAUGGCCACUGCAAUGGCUUCAGCACCACCAACAGCACCUCCUAUGGCUCCGCCUCAAGCCAAGUCCGACAGACGCGACAGAAACGAUAGAGGCGGUGAACGAGGUGGCGAUCGCGGAGGGGAUCGAGGAGACCGAGGCGGUGAUCGCGGAGGAGACCGAGGUGGUGACCGAGGCGGUGAUCGUGGAGGCGAUCGUGGCGGUGAUCGAGAUCGCGACAGCAAACGUGCCGAGGAUCUUACACACAAGGACAAGGAAAAAGAACUCGAAGCCAUACGUGAACGUUAUCUGGGAAUUAUCAAGAAAAAGCGAAGAGUUAGGCGUCUAAACGAUCGCAAAUUCGUUUUCGACUGGGACGCCGGCGAGGACACUUCAAUAGAUUACAACAAUCUGUACAAGGAACGUCAUCAUGUCCAAUUUUUUGGUCGUGGAAAUGUAGCCGGCAUCGAUAUCAAAGAACAGAAGCGUACGCAGAGUAAAUUUUAUGGCGAUCUGCUGGAGAAACGGCGCACUGAAGCAGAAAAAGAGCAGGAGAAGGUGCGCUUGAAGAAAAUGAAACGUAAGGAGGACAAACAGAAAUGGGACGAUCGCCACUGGUCGGAGAAAGACAACGACGAGAUGACCGAGCGAGAUUGGCGCAUUUUCCGCGAGGAUUACAACAUAACUAUCAAGGGUGGACGGAUACCCAAUCCCAUACGUAGUUGGAAUGAGUCGGGCUUCCCGCCAGAAAUCAUUGACAUUAUCGAUAGAGUGGGCUAUAAGGAACCAACUCCAAUUCAACGUCAAGCUAUUCCCAUAGGCUUACAAAAUCGCGACAUUAUAGGCGUUGCCGAGACCGGUUCAGGCAAAACGUUGGCCUUCCUCAUUCCUUUGCUAUCGUGGAUUCAAUCGUUGCCGAAAAUAGAGCGUCUGGAAGAUGUCGAUCAGGGUCCCUACGCCAUAAUAAUGGCACCCACCCGUGAGUUGGCUCAGCAAAUUGAAGAAGAAACCACCAAAUUCGGUCAACCCUUGGGCAUACGUACAGUCGUCGUAGUGGGCGGUUUGUCGAGGGAGGAACAAGGUUUCCGACUCCGUUUGGGAUGUGAAAUUGUCAUUGCUACACCCGGUCGUCUGAUUGAUGUCCUGGAAAACCGAUAUUUAGUGCUCAACCAGUGCACUUACAUUGUGCUUGAUGAGGCCGAUCGUAUGAUUGAUAUGGGUUUCGAGCCCGAUGUCCAGAAGAUUCUCGAGUACAUGCCGGUCACCAAUCUCAAACCCGAUACAGAGGAGGCAGAGGAUGAGAGUAAGCUAAUGGAGAACUUUUACACAAAGAAGAAAUAUCGGCAAACGGUCAUGUUCACGGCUACGAUGCCUCCGGCGGUAGAGCGGCUUGCCCGCUCCUAUCUUCGGCGUCCAGCCACCGUUUACAUUGGUUCUGUGGGCAAACCUACUGAGCGCACUGAACAGAUCGUCUACAUGAUGGGCGAGAAUGACAAACGCAAGAAGCUCAUGGAAAUUCUAUCCCGCAGUAUUGAUCCGCCUAUUAUUAUCUUUGUUAACCAAAAGAAAGGUGCCGAUGUUCUGGCAAAGGGCCUGGAAAAGCUCGGCUACAAUUCUUGCACCCUCCACGGUGGCAAGGGACAGGAGCAGAGAGAAUACGCAUUGGCCGCUCUCAAAUCCGGAGCCAAAGACAUUUUGGUGGCAACGGAUGUGGCGGGUCGUGGUAUCGACAUCAAGGAUGUCUCCUUGGUCAUCAAUUACGACAUGGCCAAGACUAUUGAGGAUUACACCCAUCGUAUCGGUCGUACUGGUCGUGCGGGCAAAAAUGGUGUGGCCAUUUCCUUUGUUACCAAGGACGACAGCAGUCUCUUCUAUGAUCUGAAGCAAUGCGUUACAGCCAGCCCAGUGUCAGUAUGUCCUCCGGAAUUGAUGAAUCACCCCGAAGCCCAACACAAGCCUGGCACUGUGGUCACCAAGAAGCGCCGGGAGGAGAAGAUAUUUGCCUAAUAUUCUAAUUCAAGAAAUUCAAAAUAAAGUUUGCAAAUUCUGACCCUAAGAA